GCAUGAUCUAGUUUUAUAUAAAACACAGUAUCAUACUCAUACUUCGAAUUCGACUCGAAUUCGCAAUUUGAGCCAUUCAGUCAUUCCGUCAUCGUUGUAUUGUGAAUUGUUGCAGCUCCUGCAACUGGCGGCAAUGGCGAUGCAAGGUGUUCAGAAGAACACACUGUACGUGGGAGGGCUAGCGGAGGAAGUGAACGGCAUUCUUCACGCUGCCUUCAUACCCUUUGGCGACAUCAAGGACGUCAAGACGCCGCUUGACCAGGCCACGCAGAAGCACCGGUCUUUCGGCUUCGUCACCUUCUUGGAGAGGGAGGACGCCGCCGCCGCCAUGGACAACAUGGACGGUGCUGAACUCUACGGCCGUGUUCUUACUGUUAACUACGCCCUUCCUGAGCGCAUUAAGGGUGGUGAACAGGGUUGGGCUGCUCAGCCAAUUUGGGCGGAUGCGGAUACUUGGUUUGAGCGGCAGCAGCAAGAAGAGGAAAUGCGUCGUAUUGAGGCAGAAAAUCGAGCUGCUAUGCAGGCUGCAAGAUAUACACAGAAACAAACGGCCCAGGAGCGAGAAGGAGAGGAAGAGGAAAUUGACAUCAAGGAUGAUCCCAUGGCAAAGGCUGAAGCAGAGGCUCUGAAGCAAAAUGGUUCUUAACUAAUAACUAAGGAAUUCAGUUGAUGAAGAAACCCUGCUUUUUAUUAAUUUUCAACGUCAGCUAUAAUGUGUGAUAACCUUCAUAUAAGUGGUCACAACUUUCUAUUGAUUCAGAAAUAGGGUAGGCAGGGAACUAAUGGGUCUUAUCUUUCAUCUUUGUUCAUUUGUUUGUCUCACUUGUAUGAAGAGAAUUUUGAGACAAGUGCUGGGUUCUGCUCAAUUUUGUGGUUUAUCUUGUAACUGUUUGAUACCUUCAUGAAUUCUGGCUGUAUUGAUGUAAUAGUAGACUCUGCUUUGCGCUGAUAAUAUUACAGAUACCUUUUUGAUGUUCAAUAAAAUCUCACUCAUUAAUUAGUUAUAACAUGGGCCAAACUUUCUUGCCA